UUUUUCGUAUCUCUAAAUCAACGUUGCUCUUCUGCGUGUUUGCCUAUCAGUUUCGGUUUCGUCGGUGAAAAUAUUGUUGACGACAUAACUAAAAGGGAAUAGUUUCAUUUACGUCGUAUUGUCGCUGGUGCAGUAGUUGUGAAGCGGCAUUAAUCUAACAUGCUUAGCUCUACCGGAAAAGGUGAUUCACUUUUUCGGGAGUGGUUCGAAUCCAAUUCAGAAGAAAACAUAGACAGCUAGAUACAUACUUGUCAAAAAGAGCGUUUCUACUUCGCAGCCUGGCUGCCACAGUUUCGUUUGUGACUAUGAUUUUUUACUGUGAAUGACUACUACCUGAUCUUCCAGAUGCCUUAAAGAUGUCCUCAGUAAUUCAGAAUUUUUCAGUAUCGACCUUGCGUCGCCAGUCUGUCAUGAUUAAAAGUAUCUCUGCCGUGACACUUUCGUUGAGUGUCGCGAUGGCGAUGGAUGUUGCGCAGCCCUCUUUUCCGGUGAAUUUCUCCUUGGUCCCUGGCGAGACCGAGAGCGGGCACACUUCAGAAGAUGUGGGGGCGCACAACUGCAGAGCGACAGCAGAAAGUUUUUGGAGUGACGGAGGGCGUCAUGCACCCGGAUUGAGAAAACGAUCGUGGGAAAAGCAGGAGAGCGGACCCGGAGGGAGAUGA